AUGCCUAGCUAUGUAAAGUUUAUGAAGGAGAUUCUCUCUAAUAAGAGAAAGAUGGGUGACUGUGAAACAGUGGCGUUAACGGAAGAAUGUAGUGCGAUUUUGCAAAGGAAACUUCCUCAAAAGUUACGAGAUCCUGAGAGUUUUACUAUUCCAUGCACGAUUGGGGAGUUUGAAUAUGGUGAGGAAAAUGAAGAAGAGGUGAGUUAUUUGAAGUGGAUAAAAUCAUCUGAGCCAUGGAACCAUAAGAAAUUUGAAGAAUUGGGUGAGGGACCGGAAAGACCACUACCAUCGAUUCUGAAGCCACUUGUUUUAGGAUUGAAAGUUUUACCAGACCAUCUCUGUUAUGCUUAUCUUGGGGAAAAAGAGACUCUUCCGGUUAUAGUUUCAUCACUUUUUUCAGAAGUAGAGGAGGAGAAGUUGUUGGGGGUGUUGAGGGCUCAUAAAACUACUAUAGGGUGGACUCUGGCUGAUAUAAGAGGAACUAGCCCAUUGAAAGUUAUGCAUAGAAUUCUCAUGGAAGACGAUGCGAGACCGACUAUUGAUGCUCAACGAAGACUUAAUUCGACAAUGAAAGAAGUGGUGAGGAAGGAGAUUUUGAAAUGGUUAGAUGCUGGAGUGAUUUACCCUAUUUCUGAUAGUGCUUGGGUGUUGGAUAGGUUGGUGAGGCAUAACUACUAUUGUUUUCUAGAUGGGUACUCAGGAUAUCAUCAAAUUGUAAUUGCACCGGAGGAUCAAGAGAAGACAACGUUUACAUGUCCGUAUGGGACUUUUGCUUUUAGAAGGAUGCCAUUCAGGUUAUGUAAUGCACCAGCCACGUUUCAAUGGUGUAUGAUGGAAAUAUUUUCUGAUAUGGUUGAGAAGGGGAUUGAGAUUUUUAUGGAUGAUUUUUCGGUUUAUGGGCCCUCUUUUGACACGUGUUUGAUAAAUUUGGAGCUGGUUCUGAGGAGGUGUGAAGAGUCACAUUUGGUGCUUAAUUGGGAAAAGUGCCACUUUAUGGUAAAUGAAGGAAUUGUAUUGGGGCACAAGAUUUCUAAGAAAGGCAUUGAAGUGGAUAGGGAAAAAAUUUCGACGAUAGAGAAUUUGCCACCGCCGGUUUUAGUAAAAAGAGUACGGAGUUUCUUAGGUCAUGCAGGAUUUUAUAGGAGGUUCAUCAAAGAUUUCUCCAAGGUUUCGAAGCCAUUGUCCACUUUGUUAAUGAAUGGGGUUACGUUCGAUUUUGAUGAGAAGUGUCAACAAGCUUUUAGGAUACUUAAGGAGAAAUUGAUCUCGGCACCUAUAGUUGUUGCACCUCAAUGGGAUUUACCAUUUGAACUGAUGUGUGACGCUAGUGAUUUUGCGGUUGGGGCAGUGUUGGGACAAAGAGUUGACAAGAAUCUUAUGACCAAGAAAGAUUCCAAGCCUCGUCUUAUUCGGUGGAUUUUGUUGUUACAAGAAUUUGAUGUGAAAAUUAAGGAUAAGAAAGGUACUGAGAAUUUGGUGGCUGAUCACUUGUCUAGAUUGGAGAUUGAUGGAGAUUCUCUUGAUAAAGAAGUUCAGAUUAAUGAUGCUUUUCCUGAUGAGCAGUUGUUCGAAGUAAGUGUUUGCAAGGAUGUUCCCUGGUUUGCAGACUAUGUUAAUUAUUUGGCUGCUAAGGUUAUACCUCCUGAGAUGACAAGGCAACAACUAAAGAAAUUUUAUUCGGAGGUGAAGCGUUAUUAUUGGGAGGAGCCUAUUCUGUAUAAACAUUGCCCUGAUCAAGUUAUUAGGAGAUGUGUGCCCAAAGAGGAGAUGUUGUCAAUCUUGACUCACUGUCAUAGUUUGCAUUGCGGCGGUCAUUUUGGAGGAACAAGAACAACAGCAAAAGUUUUGAAAAGUGGCACCCCCAAAGCAAUUAUUAGUGAACGGGGAAGUCAUUUUUGCAAUAAGUGGUUCACUGCUCUUUGUGCUCGCUAUGGUGUUCAUCAUUCAAAGGCGUUAUUCUAUCACCCAAUUGCAAAUGGCCAAGCUGAAGUGUCAAAUAGGGAAAUAAAAGGUAUCUUAGAAAAGACAGUAAAUACAUCAAGGAAGGAUUGGUCGAAGAAGCUCGAUGAUUCACUUUGGGCUUAUCGCACUGCAUUCAAAACUCCGAUUGCUUAUGAGAAUGCAAGGAGUUAUAAAGAGAAGUCGAAGGCCUUUCAUGAUAAGCGCAUAUUGAGGAAGGAUUUUCAACCAGGAGAUAAAGUCAUGCUAUUUAAUUCCAAACUUAAACUUUUUCCUGGUAAAUUGAAGUCAAGAUGGUCAGGACCGUACACGGUAGUUGUGUCACUUCCUUAUGGAGCAGUGCAAGUUCAUAGUGAGAAGACGGGACAUUUUAAGGUGAAUGGUCAGAGGUUGAAGCAUUAUUUGGAGGGUCCAGUGGAAAAAUGCAAGUCCGUGGUGAUGUUGGAACCAAUUUGA